AAUAUUUCACGGAGUCGAUUAGCCAAAAUCAAAUUACCUGUAAACAUCAGGCACAAUAUCGCGCGUAUUGUUGCGAACGAAUAGUAUUGUGACAUUAGAAGUGUAACGGGAAAGAGUCGAGUGACACUUGAUGAUCUGUACGACCGUUAUUAGCCGUCUAGAUCUUGUUGACGGAAACGGAGAGCGGCCAGAGAGCUACCGUUCGCGAAUUGCGGUUUACCAACCAACACGUUACGGUACUUGGCGUUAAUCCUCUGCAUCAUUGCACAAUCAAAAAGCAAGGAAUUAUCAAUUACGGAUAACCCAAGAUGACGUGGAUGGAGCAGAAACUGACGAUAUUCUUUGUCGUAUUUUCAGCAGCAUUCUGCAAUUAUGCGAUUGCUGGAGGUAACGAAGGAGAACCUGGAAGAGUCGUGUGUUACUUCAGUAACUGGGCGAUAUAUCGUCCAGGAAUAGGAAGGUACACGAUAGAUGAUGUGCCAGCGGACUUGUGCACCCAUUUGAUUUACUCUUUCGUCGGUGUGAGCAACGUGACCUGGGAAGUGCUGGUGAUCGAUCCAGACCUGGACAUUGAGCAGGAUGGCUUCAAGAACUUUACGAACCUGAAGAACAAGUUUCCGGGAUUGAAAACUGAGCUCGCUGUCGGCGGGUGGGCCGAAGGUGGACGAAAAUACAGCAACAUGGCUGCCAUACCUGAACGGAGAAGAUCAUUCAUCAGCAGUGUUGUAGAAUUUAUGAACAGAUAUGGCUUCGACGGAUUCGACCUUGACUGGGAAUAUCCCGGGGCCGCCGACCGCGGUGGUAAAUUCUCCGACAAAAAUACGUUCUUCUAUUUUGUCGAGGAGCUGCGACGGGCCUUCGACAGGGAGGGAAAGGGCUGGGAAAUCACCAUGGCAGUACCACUUGCUAAAUUUCGCCUUCAGGAAGGUUAUCACGUUCCCGAGUUAUGCCAACUCGUAGAUGCGAUUCAUGUAAUGGCGUACGAUCUAAGAGGAAAUUGGGCUGGAUUCGCUGACACCCACAGCCCGCUCUAUAAACGUCCCCACGAUCAGUGGGCCUACGAAAAACUGAACGUGAACGACGGCAUGAGGCUGUGGGAGGACAUGGGUUGUCCAGCGGACAAGCUGGUGGUCGGAGUGCCGUUUUACGGACGCAGCUUCACCCUGAGCAACAGUAACAACAACUACAAUUUGGGAACGUACAUCAACAAGGAGGCCGGUGGAGGAGCUAUGGGCAAUUACACGAGGGCGAAAGGGUUCCUCGCCUAUUACGAGAUUUGCCCGCAUGUACAAGAUCCGAAUUCCGGAUGGACAACCGAGUGGGACGCAGCGGGAAUGGUUCCCUUCGCGUACAAAGGCACCCAGUGGGUCGGAUAUGAGAACGAGAAGAGUAUCCAGAUUAAAAUGGACUUUAUAAAGGAGCGUGGCUACGCCGGUGCAAUGACUUGGGCAAUAGACAUGGACGAUUUUCAUGGUAUUUGCGGGGACGAAAACGCGCUAGCUCAUAUUCUCCACGACAAUAUGAAGGACUACAUCGUUCCUGCGCCUAAGCGAGAAACGACGCCAAGGCCCGAAUGGGACCGGCCACCAAGCACUCCGGCUUCUCCCGAAGACAACAACCGUCCAUCCAGGCCCAGCACAACGUUCGCGGUCACGUCCACCACCCGAAGGCCGACUCCAGCGUACAAACCACCCAGUACAACCAGCACGACGAGACAAACCGAGGAAACUACUCGGCCAACGCGACCCUCGUUGACGCCGACGUCCCCGAAACCUGUCAUUAUAAACGAGAUAGACGAUACUUCGAACGAGAUCACAUGCGGUAACGAGGACUUCAUGGCAUCCAAGGACUGCACACUGUAUUAUCGAUGCGUGUAUGGAAAACCUCUGAAAUUCCAGUGUCGUGAGGGGACCGUCUACCAUGCAGAAAGGUCAAUUUGUGACUGGCCGAAGAACGCGGAUCGCCCAGAAUGCCGGAACAUAUGAAUUUUGCAAUUUCUGUUGUAACUGAUUUCUUGGAUUUAGAUAUUUUUUAACAAUGUUCUGCACGUUCACCUUUAUCCAGCUGUAUUAUAUUUUUAUCGUAUGUGUAUAGCUAUACGCAAAAAAGUCUCAACACGUGUGCAACGAGAUUAAGCACGCGGGCGAUUGAACGUUCGGUCUAAUUCCCAAUGUCGUUUUCACUGCGAAUAGUUUAUCAACCGCCUCGCUGGCUCUGGUUUGUUUGCAUAUGCGUAUUGGAGAACAAUAUCGUUGUUUCAGACACAAAAGAAUAACUCAUUCGAGUUCAUUCAACGCCGGAGUGGGGUUGAAAUAUUAAUUGAACUUGAAAUAGAAAUAUUUACAACGCGAACUUGCGAACGUCAUGCGGUCUGUUAUCAGGUUUUUAUACACAAUCGUAUUAUAAUAUUUAGAGCAUAAUUGCGAUGAGAUUUUUUUUAUACAUGCACGUGCACCGAAAUUUUCUCUGAGAAAUAAUUAUAGUCUUUCAUCGUUAAGUACCAUUUCUCAUUUUUCUUAUCGUUUGAUAAUUACACCUAUAUAUUAUGAUUGGAUUGAACGAUGUUGAACAAUAACGAAUAUUGUGAUAUGUAACUUAUAAAUAUAAAUAUUAUGCGUGUAUCGUUUAUAAAAACUCAUUCUAGAUCAAGCUUUCCUCGAUGAUGGUAUCAAACUCAACUGUCAAACGUAUCACGGACUUUGCACAUGCUCCCGUAUUUUCAUUUCAUCGCAAAGCAAAGUAUGGACUGUGAAACGGACAACUGGCCUUUUAAUAAACCCUGUGUGGGAUUAUAGCUAAUAAUG